AUAUGAAACUACUUUUAAGUUAGUCGGUACUGUGUGUUUCUUUGUCUUUGAGUUUAGAACAUGUCCGUGAACGCAACACACCCUGAGCUGACUCAGCUGAUCUACUGCUAUUUGAAGGAGCAGGGUUUCCACUCCGCUGCAGAUGAGCUACAGACUCACAUCCCACAGGCGUUGACAAAAACCUCGUUAUUGGACAUCUACAGUUCGUGGUUGAACAGUGACUCAAAGAAGAAGAAGAAAAAGCCAAAUUUGGCCAAACACUCCAGUUGUGAAGAACCAAGAAGGCCACUAUCUAAAGCCACGCCAAGGAAAAUGAAGGACAAACCUGCUAGCAAAACAGAGAUACCAACAAAGUCUGUGCCAGCAAAAAGGGAAAAAAGGGAUGGAAAUGUCACCACGGCUAAAAAAUCAAAGAGCCAUGCAAAAGACCCGGCUGGAGGAGAUGAUUCAGACUCUGACAGCAGUCUGGAUGUAGAUAAAUGGAAGAAACUGGUCUUGACAGAGUUCGACAUAGCCAAGAUGGACACCCUCAAGGCACUGGACUCGUCUGCUACACCCCCCAUAAUAAAAAGAGUGAGGAAAUCCCGGGCCAAGCCUCCCGUGAAAAACGACACAGUUGGAAAGAAUAAAACAGUGGAUGAGAAAGCCAUGACACAAACAUCAACAACAAAUAGUGCACCCAAGAGGAGCAGGACAAAAAAGACUGCGCCUGUGACCUCCUCCUCCUCCUCCUCUGCCACCCCGAGUCAAGCGCCAAACGCCAACGCCGUAAAAGACAGUGCCGCGACACCCAGUCAAACACCAAAGAAGGAGAAAAGGAAAGAUGUGAAUCCUAGUAAAGAAAACACUAAUGAGGCAACGUCUGAGCCAAACACGACGACGACGACGACGACGACGACGGCGGCGAAGAAGAAGAAGAAAAAGACUGAAAGCAAGGUGGAAGAGAAUACACAUGAGACUGGUGGAGAUGGGAAAGACAAGGACAGUAUAGUGGAAAAGCAGCAAGAUAUAAGAGAUGAUAAUCCUGCAGAGGAGAAGAAGAAUGCAAAAAGAACAAAGAGAGAUAAAAAAAGUAUCAAUAGUGUCGAAGAAGCAAUAGAAAAGAAUAAAAGUGGAGAUGGUAAUUUAAAGAAUCAAUCUGAGCCAAUAGUGCAAGAAAAGAAAACUGAUGAGACAAAUUCAGAGCCAGUUGCUGAGAAAGUAAAUGAAAACUCAGAACUGAUAGCUGAAGGGAAAAAAGCAAAGAAGAAGAGAAAGAAGAUCGCUCACAGUGAGGAAACUUCAGAGCAGAUAGCCGAAGAAGAGAACGUACAGAAGAAGAAAAAGAAGAUCGCCAACAGUGAGGAAACUUCAGAUCAAAUAGCUGAAGAAGAGAAAGUACAGAAGAAGAAAAAGAAGAUCGCCAACAGUGAGGAAACUUCAGAGCAAAUAGCUGAAGAAGAGAAAGUACAGAAGAAGAAAAAGAAGAUCGCCAACAGUGAGGAAACUUCAGAGCAGAUAGCUGAAGAAGAGAAAGUACGGAAGAAGAGAAAGAAGAUCGCCAACAGUGAGGAAACUUCAGAGCAAAUAGCCGAAGAAGAGAAAGUACGGAAGAAGAGAAAGAAGAUCGCCAACAGUGAGGAAACUUCAGAGUCGAUAGCUGAGGAAGAGAAAGUACAGAAGAGAAAGGAAAAUCCAGACCAGAUACUUACAGAAAAGAAAAAUAAUGAGUAUAUGUCGGUAAAAACAAUAAUAAAGAAAUCGGAGAGCAGUGACGAAGAGAAAAAGACAGAGCAGAAUACUGAAACGAAAAAGAAAACAAAAAAGGACUCAUUGAAAAAUAAUGACACACUGCCUCUAGCUCCACCCAGCCUCGGGGCAUGUCCCUCGACAGAGAAAAAGAAAAAGAAAACCCAGUUGAAAUCAGCCGAAGUCACAGUUUCUACCCCAGACUCUGCAGUUACACAAACUCACAAAAAGAAAAAGAAAUCCUCCACAAGCACAGGGUCUUGAAGAUGUUUGAUUUUUCAUCGGAUCUGAAGCAAGAAGGCAACAUAUCCCAUCCCGUCUUCCUCAUUUCUGAUCAUAUUUGAAUGGUUUGAAUAUAAUGUAAAGAGAUUUUUUUGUUUGUAUUUUGGUACAUUUUUUAUCUUUUUAAAAAUAUUUUUUUCCAGUUUGCUGUAUAUUUCUUUUAAUUGUAUCCAAUAUUGCCAUUUUAAUGGCAUGAAAAUGUUAAUGGGAUUAAUAAGUGAUUGUUUUAUGGACUUGAUGGUCACUCUUAAUUAAACCCAUGUAAUGUUCU